AUGCUAACACCUUUAAAAAGGUCUCACUAGCCUACUAUUUAGUAGUCUAUGAUGCAUACCAACUUGACAUGCUACCAAAAUUUACUGAAAGACAAAGAGCACGAAUACAGUACUGCAAAUGCUGCAAAUAACGAUAUAUUUCAGUCAGAAAUCGACGAACCUUCCACUACUAUGCCCUUUAAAAGUAUUCACUCCUUUGGGUGGUAAGACUCCUUCAUUUACGGACGUUUGUCUAUGAACCACAGAAACUCAUUCGAGGACAUCAUGGAAAAAACCGAGAAAAACUUGAAGGUUGAGUCACUUGAGAGUUGUGUUAAUUCUUUUAAACCCUUUCGCUCCAGCUAUUUUGAAUGUUUAAAUAAUUUACAUUAAGAAGAAGGCUACUGCACUCUAUCAAAUACUAACUACAAAGAAGAUAACUUUAUGGAAGAUGUACAUCCCAGCAAUAAUUCAGCCAGCUUAGGCGGUAUAGAUGACAUUCAGCAGGAGAACAUGACAGAUCUCUAUUGGUAAGGUGCCGCCGCUUAAUCUUUGUGCCAGCCUACUGAUUCUAUCGGACCUGAUUAUUUCCAAGAUGAAUAAACUAACCAAACAAUCAAUUAUUAAGAUAAUUGUUCAGAUACAAACACAAACAUUACAGGAAAUCAAAUAAGAAUAAUUAGAGCUAAGGAACGAAAAUAGAGACCUGCUCUUCUGAAGUUGAAGAGAUAAUCCUCAAACAGUUCCAACUCUGUAUACAAGAAGAAUAAAGUCCUAGAGAAUUUGGACGAAAGCAAGCUGGCCGACUCUGAGGAAAAGAGACCCAGCCUUUUCAAGCAACAGUCAAAUAACCUAAUAAAGAGAAAGAGCUAGGCAGUCGAGGAAACAGCUGAGAAUACACCUAGAGCUUCAUCGGAAAAAGCCUGGAUUGGCCCCCUUUCAAUCAGCGAGAGAAUGGAGAAGGUGAGAAGAUACCUUCACAAGAAAGGAAUGAAAUCCCAGAUGAAGAAGUUCUGCUACAAAUGUCGCAAGCAAGUCGCUGAAAAGCGUCUCAGAAUCAAGGGAAGGUUUGUUACUAAGGAGCAAGCCUUCGAGAUCCUUGGCAUUACCUCGGACGAGCUCAAGAGCAAUGAAAUCAUCCAAAAACUGCUUGAAAAUCAUGCAGCUAACAUGGGAAGUGCUUUCCCAAUGGUCCAACUAAACUCAUUAGUUGAGAGUCAGGAUGGCAAUAAAUCAAUAAAGAUAAGAAACUUCUAAGCCUUGAUCGAUGAUAACUACAAUCACAAUUCUAAUCAUAAUGGCAGUCUAUUUUUCACAAAGUACAAUAGCUCCAGCAGCACCUGUGGCCUCAGCACAAGCUCUUCUUCUGCUUCACCUUUAUCAAAUUUAAACGAAUAAAAUGUUUCAGGAAGCAACGGAUAGAAUAAUAAUCAGGCUGAGGAAUAUGGAAAGCAGGUUUCUCUAAAUCUAAGAAUAUCUACCUUCAAUCACGACACCACCAAAAUGGGUGGAUUUGGCAUCGGUUCAAAUAAUCAUGUGUCAAAAGUCAUGAUAUAAAAUUACUAAUCUUUUACUGGCGAAGGCUCCAUAUCCUAAUAAGUCGAGGAGACUCUUAAGCUUAGCCUAAGUAACCUCAGGCUUGAAGGAUAUGUCCAGCCUCUUUUCAGAGUGGAAAAAAUGAUCAGACCCACUCAGAUAUGA